AUGAACCGCCAAUUUAACUACUACCCCGGCGGGGAGCGCCUGAGUUUCAGUGGCUGCUCGGCUGUCAUCUCAGGCCGGGUCAGCAGCAGCUCUGCCUCCUUCAGGGCUGGCGUCAAGAGCUCGGCCGCUUUUGGCAGCAAGAGCCUCUUCAGCCUGGGAGGCAGCCGGCGCAUUUCCAUCAGCGGCCGGGGCAGCGGCUACGCUCUGGGUCAGGGGGCAGGCAGCUGUAGCACCCGCGUGGGAGGCUUUGUGGGCACAGUCUAUGGCAGCGCGCGACUGGGGUCAGCGUGCCCAUCCGUGCGCCUGCCUGGCGGCAUCUCUCAGGUCACAGUCAACAAGAGCCUUCUGGCCCCCCUUAAUGUGGAACUAGACCCCAAGAUCCAGGUAGUCCGUGCCCAGGAGCGAGAGCAGAUCAAGGCGCUGAACAACAAGUUUGCCUCCUUCAUUGACAAGGUGCGAUUUUUAGAGCAACAGAAUCAAGUGUUGGAGACCAAGUGGAACCUGUUGCAACAGCUGGACCUGAACAACUGCAGGAAAAACCUGGAGCCCAUUUAUGAGGGUUAUAUCAGCAACUUGCGGAAACAGCUGGAGACACAGUCAGGAGACAGGGUGAGGCUGGACUCAGAACUGAGGAAUAUGCAGGAUUUGGUGGAAGACUACAAGAAGAGAUACGAGAUAGAGAUUAAUAGACGCACAGCUGCUGAGAAUGAGUUUGUGAUGCUCAAAAAGGAUGUGGAUGCCGCCUACACAAACAAGGUUGAACUCCAGGCCAAAGUGGACUCCUUGACAGACGAGAUCAAAUUCUUCAAGUGCCUCUAUGAAGGGGAGAUUGUGCAGAUGCAGUCCCACAUCAGUGACACGUCUGUCAUCCUGUCCAUGGACAACAACCGUGACCUGGACCUGGACAGUAUCAUUGCUGAGGUUCGCACCCAGUAUGAAGACAUUGCCUUGAAGAGCAAGGCUGAGGCUGAGGCCCUGUACCAGAGCAAGAUCCAGGAGCUCCAGGUAUCAGCAGGUCAGCAUGGCGAUGACCUGAAACUCACCAAGGCUGAGAUCAUAGAGCUCAACCGGCUGAUCCAAAGGAUCCGCUCAGAGAUUGGGAGUGUGAAGAAGCAGUGUGCCAACCUGGAGACAGCCAUCGCUGAUGCCGAGCAGCGAGGGGACUGUGCUCUGAAGGACGCCAGGGCCAAGCUGGAUGAGCUGGAGGCUGCCUUGCACCAGGCCAAGGAGGAGCUGGCCCGGAUGCUGCGUGAGUACCAGGAGCUCAUGAGUGUGAAGCUGGCCCUGGACAUGGAGAUUGCCACCUACCGCAAGCUGCUGGAGGGCGAGGAGUGGAGGAUGUCUGGUGAAUAUCCAAAUUCUGUGAGCAUCUCGGUCAUCAGCAGCACCAACGCUGGGGCAAGCGGGGCAGGCUUCAGCCUGGGCUUUGGCGCCUCCAGUAGUUACAGCUACAAACCUGCGGCCACCGAUGUCAAAACCAAAGGCAGCUGUGGCAGCGAUUUCAAGGACCCCCUUGCCAAAACCUCAGGCAGCAGCUGUGGAACAAAAAAGACCUCCAGAUGA